AUGGUUUUUCACAAAUUCGGUAAGAAGCUAUACUCAGGGCUGGUCACCACUGUGACUGCUCAUCUCAAAGAGAUAGCUAGGUCUAUUAAAGCCACUCUAGAAGGCUCUUUUCUGGAAGAAAUGAACAGGAAAUGGAGUGAUCAUAAUAAGGCAUCAGAUAUGAUUAGAGACAUUAUGAUGUACAUGGAUAGGACUUACAUCCCGGAUGCUGGUAAAACCCCUCUUCAUCAACUUGGCUUGAAUUUGUGGAGAGAGAAUGUUUAUGUAUUCAAACCAGAUAAGGACCCGACUGUAAAAUACACUUUUGAAAUUGGUCCUUCUGUUUAUGAGCAAGAAUUUGAGACUCAUUUUCUUCAAGUUUCAGCUGAGUUCUACCGAGCAGAAUCCCAAAAGUUUAUUGAGUGUUGUGCUUGUGGUGAUUAUCUAAAGAAUUCUGAGAAGCGUCUGACUGAGGAAAUGGAUAGAGUGAACCAUUACUUGGAUCCCGGGACAGGAAAGAAAAUAACUAAUGUGAAUGUAUAA